GGGAAGCCCCCAGCGCCGGGCUCCCUGAGCCACCCUGGGACACAAUGAACUGGGCAGCGAACAGUUAAUAAGCAAUGUGCUUCGCUCACUGUGCACAUUACAACAAAGGGCUGGCGGCUCCCGGGGGAAAAGGGCUGGUGCGCUGCCGUUGAAACUUGUCAGUCAGCUGGUGCCAGCAGCCCGGCGUGGCCGCCCCGCGCGCCCUGCUCUGCGCAUCUGCUCGCAGGCGCGGCGGCGGCGGCGGCGGCGGCGGCUCCUCCCGGCCGCGGGGCAACGAGAGCCCUGCUCCUGCCUCGGCGUCGCCCCGCUCCUCUCGCCGCCGCGGUCCCCGCUGUACGGUCGCUCGCUCGGACUGCCCUCCCCGGCCGCCUGCGCCUGCCCGCUGCAAUGGAGGAGGCCGAGCUGCUCAAGGAGAGACUCCAGGCCAUCACAGAUAAAAGAAAAAUACAGGAAGAAAUCUCACAGAAGCGGCUGAAAGUAGAGGAAGAAAAACUGAAGCACCAGCAUUUGAAGAAAAAGGCCUUGCGAGAGAAAUGGCUUCUCGACGGGGUCAGCAGCGGGAAAGAGCAAGAAGAGAUGAAGAGGCAAAACCAGCAAGACCAGCACCAGAUCCGGCUUCUGGAACAGAGCAUCCUCAGACUGGAGAGAGAGAUCCAAGACCUUGAAAAGGCUGAACUGCAAAUCUCAACUAACGAAGAGGCAAUUUUAAAGAAACUGAAAUCAAUUGAGAGGACAACAGAAGACAUAAUAAGGUCUGUGAAGGUGGAAAAGGAAGAAAUGACAAGAGAGUCGAUUGAAGACAUCUAUGCUAAUAUCCCCGACCUUCCAAAAUCCUACAUACCGUCCAGAUUAAGGAAGGAAAGAAAUGAUGGAACAGAAGACGAUGAACAAGAUAGAAAAGCUUUGUACGCCAUGGAAAUCAAAGUCAAGAAGGACCCGAAGACGGGCGAAAGCACAGUCCUGUCCUCAAUCCCGCUCCCGUCCGAUGACUUCAGGGGCACCGGAGUCAAAGUCUACGAUGACGGGCGGAAGUCGGUGUACGCCGUGAGCUCUAACCACCGGGCCGCCACCAACGGCACCGACGGCCUUGCCCCGGUGGAGGUUGAGGAGCUCUUAAGGCAGGCUUCGGAGAGGAACUCUGCCUCCCCCACCGAGUACCACGAGCCCGUCUACGCCAAUCCGUUUUGCAGGCCCACGACUCCGCAGCGAGAGCGGGCAGCCCCUGGCCCGAGCUUUCAGGAGAGGAUGCAGGCUAAAGCGAAUGGACUGCGGAGCGCUGGGAGCGCACCCACCCCACACGUGGACAACGGGCUUCCCGCGGACCGAGGCAACCGCUGGGGUCACGCCAGUCCCGCUCGGCCAGUCCCGCACCCCCGAGCGGCGGCUCCGCAGGCCGAGGCCACGCCACCCCACGCCCUGCAGAGGUGGACGACUCCCUGGGAAGAGCCAGAGGGGAUGCGGGACAGGGGCGCGCCCUCCCCCAAGGCGAUGCUGAGUCCCAUAGAAGCGCUCGCGGGGGCGUCGGAAGGCCAGCGCCCCCCUCCCGCUUGCCAGGGGUAUGAGGAAGAUGUCAGAUACAAUAUCGUCCAUUCCCUGCCUCCGGACGUGGACGGGGCCGAGCCCGUGACGAUGAUUUUCAUGGGGUACCAGCAGGCGGAAGACGAUGAAGAGGAAAAGAGGCUUCUGACGGGGUACGACGGCGUCAUCCACGCUGAGCUGGUUGUGAUCGACGAGGAGGAGGAGGGGGGGCCGGGAGAGGAGGAGAAACCACCCCCCCACCCCGCCGCCCCCCGCAGCCGGGGCAGCCAGCCCGCCAAACCAACGCCGCUUCCUAGAAAGAGAGCAGAAGGCACCCCCCGCGAAAACGCGCCCCAUCCACCUCCUCACAAAAACUCCAUUUCCCUGCAAGAGCAAGAAGAAAGCUUGGGCAGCCCCGCCCGCCAGUCCCCCCAGGCUGUUCAGGGCGCUGGGGACGGAACGGAGGACCCGUCCCUGACAGCUUUAAGGAUGAGAAUGGCAAAGCUGGGGAAAAAAGUUAUCUGAGAGGCGUACCGUCUACGUAAACAUCCUCUGGAGAAGAAACUAAGAAAUGUUUGCAACUUUCUCUGCUGGAUAUUUUGGGGGGUUUUUUUUGAGAUCCCCCCAAAUUAUAAUUAUACCCAUAUUAAGCCAUGUGAAUAAGCAGUAGUUACUAUUUGUAAAAAAAGAAAAUUGCAAAAAAAGCUGGGGAGAACAAACACUUAACUUUUCCAGUUACUUGAUAUGAUUCAGUGGGGGAACCAGCCUAUUUUUAUUGUAUUGAUACCAAAGCAUUUCUAAUAAGAGCUUGUUAAAUUUAAGAAUAAAGUUAUUUAAAAUAGUCUGACUGUAGUCUAUUAAGUGAUGCUGCAAUUGUGCUGAUACAAAUGAGAGAUCACAGGAAGCCGCUGCCCCUCAUCCCAGAAAUAUCCGUCUUCAACGUGGACAUGUAAGUGCAGCCUCCCUAACCGACAGAGCCGGAAGACCCCACGUCCUCCCGCCGAGCACCUGCUCCACGGAUGCGGCGGCGACUUCCAC